AUGCCAACAGAUGAUGAAUUGAAAUUGGCUUCUCAACAUAAAUCAAUAAAUUUACCAAUAACAGUUCAACAAGAAAUUAUUAAAACAGUAUUGAAAACUAUUAUUAUAGCUGAUCAAAAAUUACAAUUAUACAAAAUAUCAAUGGAUAAAGGAGAUUUAGAUGCAGAAUAUAGUUAUGCAAGUUUAAUAUAUAAUGGUUACGGAGGAUUACCUCAAAAUCCUUUUGACGCAAUGGAAAUUUAUAAAAAAUUAGCAAAAAUGGCACAUCCAGCUUCACAGUAUGCUUUAGCUACCAUAUAUGCUGAUCAGCUUAAUGAUUAUAAAACUGCUAUUGAAUUAUAUAAUUUGGCUGGCAACAAUGGUUUGGCUAAAGCUUGGACUAAUCUUGGCUUAUUGUAUCAAAAAGGGUUGGGUGUUGAAAAAGAUAAAAAUAAAGCAAUUGAAUAUUUUACAAAAGGUGCUGAUGCAGAUGAAAGAUCAUCACAUUUUAUGCUUGGAGUGUACUAUAAUUUUCCAGAUAAUACACAUAAAAAAACAAAUUAUGUAAAAGCAUUAAAACAUUAUGAAAUUGCAGCCUCUCUAGGAUUACCUGAAGCUCAAUAUAAUUUAGGUAAAUUAUUUUUAGAUGGUAAAAGAGGCAUCAUUAAAAAAAAUCAAAAUUUUGCAAUGGAAUAUUGGAAAAUGUCUGCAUUUAAUGGACACCAGGCAGCUCAAAUGAACCUUGCAAUAAUCUAUCAUAAAGGCAUAGGAAUUAAAAAAAAUUUAAGGCCAGCUUGCACUUGA